AUGUUUGGUGGGUACUGUGAGUGUUUUUGUUGGAGCAACCAAGAUUAUUAUGAUGAUGAGUUCUACUUCCCAGACCCCCAACCUUUCUCUUUGCCUGCACCUCUUCCUAAAUGGCCUCAAGGUCAAGGAUUUGCUACUGGAAGAAUAAAUCUGGGAGAAAUAGAAGUCAUCAAAAUUACCGAAUUUGAGAGUGUUUGGAGCUGUGGUCUUUUACGUGGAAAACCAAAAGGGGUCACAUUUUAUCGACCUGUUGGGAUACCAGAAGGUUUUCACUGUCUUGGUUACUACUGUCAGCCCAAUGACCAGUGUCUGAGAGGAUACGUGCUUGUAGUUUGUGACUCCAAUGCUCCCAAGCCUGAAGUUGGCUGCAUCCAUGACUCAGAAGCAGACUCUCCUCUUAGAAAGCCGCUUAACUACUCGUUGAUUUGGAGUUCAGAUCCACAGAAGAAUGAUAGUGGUUACUUUUGGCUGCCAAACCCCCCGAAAGGUUACAAGGCUAUGGGCAUUGUGGUCACUAACAAUCCAGAGGAGCCUAAAGUUGAAGAAGUUAGAUGUGUUCGAGCUGAUCUUACUGAAAGAUGUGUAACCAGCGAUCAAAUAAUGUCCUCGGAUUCAAAAUCUUCCAAGCCAUUUGAGGUUUGGAACACAAGGCCCUACAGAAGGGGAAUGGUUGCUAAAGGUGUUUCUGUUGGGACAUUCUACUGCAACUCCUACUUGAGUUCUGAUGAAGUUCUGAUAGAUAUUGCAUGCUUGAAAAAUCUUGACCACUCUCUGCCUGCAAUGCCAAAUCUCGACCAGCUUCAUGCACUAAUUAAGCAUUAUGGCCCUACUGUGUUCUUCCAUCCAGACGAAGAUUGCUUGCCCUCAUCAGUGCAAUGGUUCUUCAAAAAUGGAACCCUUCUGUACCAAGAUGGCAGGCAGAAGGGUGAACGUAUUGACCUUAGGGGCUCCAACUUGCCUAGUGGAGGAGAAAAUGAUGGGAGAUUUUGGAUAGAUUUGCCAGUUGAUGAUGGUGCAAGAAAUGAUGUCAUAGCAGGAGAUUUAGACAGUGCUGAGCUCUAUGUUCAUGUAAAGCCAGCCUUAGGGGGAACUUUUACUGAUAUUGCUAUGUGGAUUUUUUGUCCUUUCAAUGGACCAGCCACCCUUAAACUUGGUCUAGUGACUAUACCAAUGACCAAGAUAGGACAACAUGUGGGUGAUUGGGAGCACUACACCCUUCGUGUGAGCAACUUCACUGGAGAACUGUGGCAAGUUUUCUUCUCAGAGCACAGUGGGGGUCGAUGGGUGGAUGCUUCAGAAUUGGAAUUCAUUGAAGGCAAUAGGCCAGUUGUUUAUUCCUCAAAACAUGGUCAUGCUAGUUUCCCACAUCCUGGGACUUACCUUCAAGGGUCAACAAAGCUUGGAAUUGGAGUGAGAAAUGAUGUUGCUCGAAGCAAAUAUUAUGUGGAUUCAAGCUUAAGGUAUCAGCUUGUUGCGGCUGAAUAUCUCGGAGAUGGAGUUGUUACAGAACCAUGCUGGUUGCAGUAUAUGAGAGAAUGGGGCCCAACCAUUGUGUAUGAUUCAAGAUCUGAAAUAGAUAAGAUACUUAAUCUUCUACCAUUUUUUGUUAGAUUUUCAGUGGAGAACCUUGUCGACUUGUUUCCAACAGAGCUUUAUGGCGAGGAGGGGCCAACUGGGCCGAAGGAAAAGGACAACUGGUUGGGAGAUGAAAUAUGCUAG